GAUCAAAAGGCUGAGUCAGUGCAGGAGAAGAAACAGAUGCUGCACGAUGGAGGGACGCAUCGUGUCGAUGCUGCUCCUGAUGGUGGCUGCGGAAACUUCAGCACAAAACAGAUUCUUCAUCUCGGCACCGACCGUGUUUCAUCGGGGUGUGAGUGAGAAAGUGGUGGUCCAGAUGGGAAGCCCUCAUCUCGGGCACGCCGUCACCCUUUACCUGGAGGACGAGACCUCCGGUGCGGUCGUAUCUGCGAGGGAAACUGUUGCGUGCGCGACGGAAAAGGAGAUCAAAACGGUUCAACUGAUGAUCAACUGGGAGGCUUGGUCGAGUCUGUCUAAAAAGAAUCAGCCCCCCUACCUUUUGCUUGUGGCGGAAAGUGCGUCUUUCAGUAUCAGGCAGAUAACGAAGGUCCUGGUCUCCAAACACAGGGGAUACAUCUUCAUUCAGACCAAUCAGCCCGUCUACAACCCCACACAGCAAGUGAGUUACAGGAUAUACACUCUGGACCACUACCUGAAGCCUCAUGAGGAAGCCUUCUAUCUCUCAGUAUAUAAUGCUGAUGGGAACAGGGUACUGAAGAUCCUGAGGUCAGGGCAGGGAGGAAUAUACAGAGGAAUGUUCUCCAUCCCCAGCGUCUCCAGAACUGGAACAUGGAAAAUAGUGGUCCAUUAUGAAGACGAUGAAGCUAGUGCCGCUUCCCGAGAGUUCAGCGUGGAAAAAUUCAUUUUACCCAGUUUUGAUGUCAACAUCGACAUGGAGCAGAAAUACAUUUUGCUGACUGAUGAAGAGCUCAUUUUCACCAUCUCAGCGAUGUACACAUAUGGUGAGAAAGUUAAGGGAGCAUACCACUGUCAAUUUGGAGUUGCAACAAAAGAUGAGAAUAAUAAAAUGAGGCAUGAAUUCAUAAAGGGACUGGAAGUGGCUGGUUCGGUCCAAGAUGGAAAAGCAGUCAUUUCUGUCCGGUCAGCAGAGAUAAACUCGAAGCUCCGCGACUACGUGAAGAAAAACCUCACUGAACUGCGGACGAAGGGGGAAAAGCUCUACGUGAAAGUGUUUGUCACCAACAUUCAAAGUGGUGAAAUACAAGAGGCAGACGUUUACCUUCCUGUUUUCUCCCAGAAAUACACCGUGGACCUUUCUCGCACUCGUUCUCAUUUCGUCCCUGGAUUCCCACUGGAGGUGGCGGUUUCCUUGCAUCUGCAAGACGGCUCCCCAGCAGCUGACGUGAAUUUAAAUAUUGAGUUGCAGGCCUCUUCAAGACAAACUGUACGAGUCGUCACUGAUCAGGAGGGGGCAGCGUCUGCCACCUUUAACUUUGUUGCUAACGGGCCUGAGAUUACAGUUCAGGUGUCUGCUGACGGCCUACAAGCGACGAGAGUCAUAAGAAGUCUCUCAUCUCAAAGCAGCAGCUACCUUUACAUGACGUUCACCAACAAGAUCUACUCUGCCAGUGACGUACUUUCUGUGACAUACAACACUAGAAACGCGCCUACUAAUGGCUACAUUUACUACAUGGUCCUGAGCCGUGGGAUCGUCGUCACACAGGGCUCCAUUGGGAUCGGUACAUCAGUGAAACAGAACCUGCAGAUCACGGCGGACAUGGUUCCAUCGUUCCGUCUGAUUGGCUACUUUCACGGCCAGGGUGGAGCCAUCAUAGCCGACUCAGCGUGGGUAGAUGUCAGGGAUGAAUGUAAGAUAAAGGUCAAGGUGUCACAAGAAGGAAAGUCCAAACCUGGGAAACAGUCGACGCUGCACAUCGAUUUGCAUGGUGAACGAGCCACAGUGGCUCUGCUGGCUGUGGAUAAGGCCUUCUACGCUCUCAAUGCCGACAACAAGCUGACCUCCAAACAGGUGUUCUCCAGUAUGAAGUCCUACGACCUUGGCUGCUCGUACGGUGGAGGCUCCGACUCCUGGUCGGCACUGGUUGAUGCUGGCCUGUCGUUUGUGUCUCAGGGCAAAUCAGACUACAGAAAAGAUUUCAGCUGUAAUCCAGAACGUGCACGUCAUGGUCGCUCGAUAGAUCUUCAAAUGGAAAGGAUGUCCUUGAAAUCCAGCUUUAACGAUACACACCUGCAGGACUGCUGCCUCCAAGGGUUUUCUCUCCUCCCGAUGGAGCGGACCUGUGAGCAGAGGACGGCGAGGGUCCUCCUGGUCGGGGGAACUCGCGACUGUGCGGACGUCUUUCUAAAAUGUUGCAACGACGGAGAACGUCUGAGACGAAAAAAGAUGAGAGAGGAUGCUCAGAAUGGCUUUGACAGGACUUCAACCGUAGAAGACAUUGAACAGUUCUUUCUGGGGACGGCGAAUCAGUAUAUCCGCCGAUAUUUCCCACCAAGCUUUGAAUUCAAAGACUUCAAUGUGAAUGGAAAAAUACGUCACUCUUUGAGACUACCGGACUCCAUCACCACGUGGGAGAUUCAGGUCGUUACUAUAUCUGCAGCCACUGGUUUUUGUGUCGUUAAGCCGAUUGAUGUCAAAGUAUUUCAGACGUCAUUUGUUUCUCUGAGGCUCCCGUAUUCAGUGAAGAAGUAUGAGCAGCUCUCCAUUUCACCGGUUGUGUACAACUACGGUGAUGAAGCGCUGGAGGUGGCCGUGAACAUGGAGCAGACCGAAGGACUUUGCUCUCCGGGUUCAGCCACCACCACAUCGUUUGUCAACAUUACCGUGGAGCCGCACUCUUCUCAGUUUGUCUCCUUCUCCGCCGUUCCUAUGAUAACCGGCUCAAUACCCAUCAAAAUACGUCUGUAUGACAUGGAGCAAGAGUGGGGGGUGGACGCGAUUGAGAAAUUUCUGUCUGUGCAGUCAGAAGGAUUACAAAAGCAAGUGGAGAAAACCCAGGUGAUUAAACUGGACGGAAGGAGCUCAAAGAAUAUCACUCUUGAUGGAACUCUACCGGACGAGACAGUGCCUGACUCCAGCGCCAACAUCUUCAUCUCCAUGGAAGGCGACGGGUUUGGAAAUUCAUACGCAAAGAAACUUCUUUCGCCUGAAAUGGUUGCUAAAUUGAUCCAACUGCCCAAUGGAUGUGUAGAACAGACAAUGGGGAACCUGGUCCCGACAGCUUUGGCCAUCCGAUACCUUGACUUGAGCGAGCAGUGGUUCGAGCUUCCUCCUGGAAAAAGAGAUAAAGCUCUUGAUGAGCUUGAGCACGGUUUUAUGCGCAUUGUUGGUCUCAGAGGUAAAAAUGGUGCUUAUGUAAUAUUCAAGGGAGUGGCCUACAGUAAUUGGAUGACCGCUUAUAUAGUCAAGGUGUUAUCGCUGGUGGCGCAGCGUCAGAAUGCGAUGACUGGACAGCAGGGCCGGAGAGGUCGAGUGGUCCCUCUCGAAGGGAUCAGGAAACCAGUUCAAUAUUUACUGUCUGUGCAGAAGUCGGAUGGAUCGUUCAGUGACCCUCAACCUGUUUUACACAGAGGAGUCCUGAGCGGCAUAGAUCAAGAUGCAUCCAUGACUGCUUUUAUAACUAUUGCUUUGAAGCGGUCCCUUGAAUUUCUGGAAACAGAAGGACGCACUAAUGCGGAAAACGCCAUUUCAAGAUCAACAUCAUAUCUCAUGUCACAAACUGACAGGCUUCAGCAUCCCUAUGCUGUUGCCAUUACGGCACAUUGCCUCUCGAUCUGCCUGCCGAAGGAAGCAGAUCUGUCAGCCAUAUGGACAAAACUUCAGGCAAUGGCCACAAAAGCGGAGAACGGCUGCUAUCAUUGGACAGCUGAUCGCGGUAACAGAGAGAGCUCUUCGGACGCCAUCACUGUGGAGACGACAGCCUUUGUCCUCCUGACGGCCGUGGAGCUGGGCCACACCAAGUGGGCCGACGAAACCGCCUGCUGGCUGACUGCGCAAGAAAACUACUUUGGAGGCUACUGGUCAACACAGGACACCAUGGUGGCCCUCGAAGCCCUAGCAGAGUAUGCGCUGAAGAGGUUGAUUCGUCCUGAAGCACGCAUAACAGCAGAGUUCACAACCCCAUUAAAACACAACGUUAUAACUCUGGAACUGGAAAACAGAAAAGACAAGGUGGAAACGGACCUGAAGAAAUUUACAGGAGGCCAAAUUAAUGUGCAGCUGACAGGGGAAGGAGAGGCCAAGCUGAAAAUGCUGAAAACGUUCCAUGUCCUGGAACCCAAGGACGACUGUGCUCAGCUGUCUAUCAGGGUGACCGUGACGGGGAAAGUGAAGUACACUGCUAAGGUCGUGGAAAAUUACGACUACUAUUACUAUGAUGCUGAAGAGCAGAAGCAGGGUCAAGUGCCGCAAUCAGCAAUCGAGCUGUUCGAUGCUCGAACACGGAACCGGAGAGAUCUCUAUGAUGAGCUGAAUCAGGAAAACACUGUUACCUACAAAGUCUGUGUCAGUCUCAGUCGGAAGAGCAGCCUUACAGGCAUGGCGAUCGCCGAUAUCACUCUGCUGAGCGGAUUUGAGGCCGACAUCCAUGACCUGGAUAUGCUCAAACAGCCACAUGAACAAUACAUCACCCACUAUGAAGUCUCUUAUGGAAGAGUGCUCAUCUAUUUUAAUGAGCUCUUUGAACGGGACCUAUGCAUCGAAUUUGAUGCUGAGCAAAAAGUGCCUGUUGGGCUCCUUCAGCCUGCUCCAGCUGUGUUUUAUGAUUAUUAUGAACCAAGCAGAAGGUGCACCGUGUUUUACUCGGCUCCACAGAGAAGCAAGCUGGUCUCCAAACUGUGUUCAGGGGACGUGUGCCAGUGUGCAGAGAGACCCUGUCAUAAACUACAAGAAACAUUUAAGUUACACAGAAACCGAAGACUCACCAAGAAUGACCGAGCGCAGCAUGCCUGCUUCUCACCUACAGUGGAUUACGCAUACAUUGUGAAGGUCCUCAGCGUUUCUGUGAAGAGCAACUUUGAACUGUACAGGACUAACGUGACCGAGGUCCUACGAUCGAAUUUGCUGAUGGAUGACAAUUCUAUUCGAGUGUUUGUUGUGAGGCUUCAUUGCAAAGCUCGGUUAGAGUUGGGAAAAUCUUAUCUCCUCAUGGGGAAAGAAGGUCUCACAACCGACUCAGAUGGAGCGAUGCAGUAUCUUUUGGAAUCAAACACCUGGGUUGAAAAGGUGCCUUCGGCGGAAGAAUGUAAAAAAUCUAACCACAGAGCCACUUGUCGAUCUUUUUAUGAGUUCAUAGACGAGUACAAGACCGACGGCUGCAGGCAGUGAAAGGAAAUCAGCGUGACACAGCUCUGACCUUCGGCUUAUCACAUCACAGCUACAGCGAACGCUUCAUUUAUAUCGCUUCAGGGACUGAAAUAAUCACAAGAGAGCUGGAGGGAAAGUGGAUUGUUGUGGUGAGCUCAUAUGUUAUAAUCUCAGUGAUAAAAUCCUAACAAAACAGCAUCCAAUAACAAAUAGAUAUGCGGAGCAAGCCUCAGUCAGACGACGAAUAAAUGGCCGAUUCAGCUUGAUUUCAUGAGUUAACUAUACUAACUUCUUCUUUUGAGAAGGGGAAAUAAACACACGUUCACUUGUC